AUGGAAAAACUAUUUCUGGUGCACUACGGCGAGAUCGGAUUAAAAGGCAAGAACCGCUCAUUUUUUGAGAAGAAACUCGCUCAGAAUAUCAAGCUGUCAUUGCAGGGCAUGGGAUGCGCAGAGGUGCGGCGAAUAUACGGACGGAUUCUGGUGAUGUUGCAACCCGAAGCGGAUGUCGCAGCAAUUCAAGAGCGGUUGGGCAAAGUCAUGGGCAUAGCCCAUUUUGAACUCGCUCUGGCAGCAGAACAGACCAUUGAUGCUAUCCAAGCUGCCGCAUUGGAACUCGUCAAAGACAAAGCAUCGCUUGAGAAGGUAGAAGAACUUGCUGAGAUCUUGGCGACUUGGAACUAUCGGACACAGAUUUACCUUGUCUCAUUUGCUGAGGUGCAGCGCGAAAUUGUAACCCAAACCCCCGCCCCGUUUCGGGUUAUCCUAUACCGUCGAAUGAUGGUACGCAUCGCACAGCAGAUUGCAGCGGCUGCAAAAGCGGAGUGUCUUGUUACUGGGGAGAGUCUUGGGCAGGUCGCCUCGCAAACGUUGGGCAACCUUCGCGUGAUCGAAGAGGUCGCGGAGAUUCCUAUUUUGCGUUCCUCUGAUCGGCGAUGA